CAUCACCACCUAUCACUAAAACAACAACGACAACAAAUGGAUCAUUAUAUAAUAAUGAUGAUAAUAAUUCAUUAGAUAUUCAAUCACUAUCGACUGAUAAUAUCGAUUCAACACUAACAACAAAUAUCGAUGUUCCUAUUGGACAACAACAAGUAUCGAAUGAAAAUACUAAUGAAGAUACAUUAAUGUUGAUGGAUCAUAUUAAAAAUUCAAAUUCAUUAUCAACAGAAUCUCAACAACAACAACAACAUAAAUUCGAAUCAUCAUCAACAAUAACGAAUUCUAGUUUGGCGCAAACGCCAUCAUUAGAAUUUGUAACUACAGCUGCCGCUGCUUCAACAACAAAUUCAACAACAACCGGAGGCGGUGGUAAAAGAAUUUUAUUAAGUGCUAAUUCUCCACAACCUGUAAAUAGUUCGAUUUCUAAUAUGACACAACAACAGCAAACAACAUUGUUAAAACCGCAUUCAUCUUCAUUAACGAAUGGAACAAUGACACCACCAGAAUCGCCUUCAUUAUCAUCAUCUACAAAUUCAUCGUCGGUGACUUCGACAGUCACAACAUCAUCAUCAUCAUCAUUAACAUCUUCGAUACAGCAACCACAGACAAUUACAGUCGGUCAAUUGAAUGCUGCUGUUCCUCAACAACAACAACAACAAUCGAUUGCAGUUUCACAAUCACUUGUUAUGCCAUCAACAGCUAUUACAAAUAAUACAGCUAUGCCGUUAAUAACAACACCGGUAACACCAUCAUUACCGGCGGCGGCUAUUCGUUCAACACCUGCGCCGAUAGUAACAACACAAAUUCAUCAAACAAGUGCAAUAACAACACCAACAAGUUGUUCGCCAUUUGUGAUGACAGCGAAUCAUCAAAUUAAUAAUAAUAACAAUAAUAAUGUAACAACGAGAAUGCCGAUGGCACAGAAAUCUGCGCCUAUUUUAAAUUUACAACAUACAAAUGGUGGUCAACAACCAAUGUUGAUACAAACACAUCCACCCACAAAUCAAACGACGAUUCGUAAUAACCAUCAUCAAGUUCAAAUGCCACAAGUAUCCCUUUCGAAUUCAAUUGUAUUGGAUCCACGGGCACAACAACAGGCUCAUUUACAGCAACAAUUAGCCACUGUUUCCGCACAUAAUACAUCGAAUCUACAAUUUCAGAUUGUCAAUGUGAAUAGUCCUAGUCAUAAUCCAUUAACAGUGCCUACAGCCGUUUCGGCCCCUGCUGGUUAUACUGUUUCGAAUAUAAUAACCGGAACAAAUGCCACAACAAUUCAAACGAAAACAGGUGCACCGAUGCAACCACGUUUGAUGCAAUUUCAAAAUUCUCAGGUACGAUUACCUAGUCGAGCGUCAAGUUUUCCAGCUUCGCUCACACUACCUGGACUAGUUCGUGGACAAGCAAUAUUCGUCAAAACGGAAAAUGGUCAAAUGCAUAUGGUAAAUGUUAGUCCACAGGCAUUGGCUGCUUCAACACCACCAACAGUAGCUGGACAUCAAAUACAAACUCCAACACAUUUGAGAUUACGAUUACCAACUGCAACACCACCCGGAGCGACAUCCGUACCGACAACUGGUCCAAAUGUUUCAAUACAACCACCUACUGCUGCAACCAUACGAACACAAUUGGCCGGAAGUUCGAUUGUUUUACCGGCUACAUUAGCAGCAGCCGCUGGUGGUGGUAAUACACAAGUGGCUACAAUUGCAGCGAAUAAAGUACCACAAGUAUCACAGUUACUUCCACCAACUGUUACAUCUCAAAUGAUUGCCAGUAAUGUUUCAAUACCGACACCAAGUCAAAUAACACCCGGGAUUUCAUCAACACCCCAAUCACCGACACAAUCAUCUCCAUCAAAUGCCGCAUCAGUUGCAGCAACAACAACUAGUGGACAUCCACCCUUAAGGGUACAUACAACGGCUGCCAAUUCACAGGCCAAUUCUGCAGCUCCAUCCCAAAUGUCACCAACUACAGCAAAAAUGAAAUGUAAAAAUUUCCUCUCAACAUUGAUACGAUUGGCUAGUGAACAACCGGAAAGUGUGGCAACGAAUGUCAAGACACUUAUUCAAGGACUAAUUGACGAUACGAUACAACCAGAAGAUUUUACUACACAAUUGCAAAGAGAAUUGAAUUCCUCCGAGCAACCAUGUCUUGUUCCAUUUUUAAAGAAAAGUUUACCUUAUCUUCGGUAUUCUUUAAUGAAAGAAGAACUGAAGAUCGAAGGUGUACAACCACCACCUCCAAGUGCUACAAUGUCCUUUCCAAAUGUUAAUGCAAUGGCAGCUGCGGCUCAGAAUUUGCCUCAUAUUCAAAAUAUCAGUCCGGUUCCUGCUGUACCACAACCUCGGCCAUCAUUACCAAGUCUUCGUCUAUUAGCUCCGGGUUCUAAUCUAUUGCCGGCUGGAAAUGUUCCUGCUGGUUCCCAGAUUAUAACAUCAUUUCAACCACCACCACCACCUCAACAACAAUUAAUUCAGCCACCCGGCUCUACUUCCAAUCAUCACCAACAACAAAAUUCAUUAGGUCCUAUAGUUUUAGCAUCGCCAAAUCAUCAUCCACAUGGUCCAACAAUUGCUACUCAUUCAGGUCAUCAACAUCCUAGCUUAAUUUCAAUGUCUUCAAAUUUACAAACAACAAAUACCUCAUUAUCUCAUCCUCGUUUACCACCACCCAUUCAUUCAACUGUUCAGCCACCACCUCUACCGCCAUUAUCAUCACCUGCGUCGGUAGCAACGGCAACGCCGUCAGUGCAAACACUACCAACUAAGUCGAAAAAAUCUAGUUCAAAAUCAAAAGCGAAAUCAGAAAAAGCAAAAAAAGAAAAAGAAGAAAAAGCUGCGGCUGCUGCAGCUGUUGCUGCAUCGGCGACAUCAUCAUCGACACCUUCCGGUUCCAGUAUUGGCCCUGGUGGUGAACGUAAUGCCACAGCAACUGGAUCUUCAUCAUCUUUCCGUGAUGAUGAUGAUAUCAACGAUGUGGCGGCAAUGGGUGGUGUGAAUUUGGCCGAAGAAAGCCAACGGAUAUUGGCCGGUAAUGCCGAAAUUAUUGGGCAACAAAUUCGUUCUUGUAAAGAUGAACCAUUCUUAUAUACAUCACCAUUACAACAAAAACUAAAUAAAAUAGUCAAACGAUACGACCUCGAAGAUUGUUCGCAUGAUGUUGUUGCUUUGGUUUCACAUGCUGCCGAGGAACGUCUGAAAACACUAGUCGAACAACUAGGAGCAAUUGCAGAACAUAGACAAGAAAAUCUACGGAAUAAUUCCAACUAUGAAAUUGUCCAGGAUGUGAAAGCUCAGGCACAAUUUCUACAGGAAUUGGAUCGAAUCGAAAAACGAAGACAUGAAGAACAAGAAAGAGAAGUUUUAAUAAAAGCAGCUAAAAGUCGAUCCAAAGUAGAUGAUCCUGAUCACAUUGCAAUCAAAGCAAGAGCUAAAGAAAUGCAACGUUUAGAAAUGGAAGAGCUACGUCAACGUGAAGCUAAUAAAACUGCCUUACAAGCUAUUGGUAAUCCAAAGAAACGAUUAAAAACAAUGACCAAUUCCAGUUCCACAAGCUUAUCUUCGUUGAAUGAUAACGGUGGUGGAAGUAGUUUCAGUCCAUCAAAUGGCAGUGUCAAAAAAACAGCGGUCAAUAACAGUAUAAAUAUUGGCCAAUCAUUAUUUGGUUCAUCAUUUGGUUCAUCUAGAUCUACUAUUAAACGAUAUAAACGUGUUACAAUGAAAGAUGUACUAUUUAUGAUGGAACGUGAUCGUACGAUGGUUCGAUCUGCUACAUUAUUUAAAGUUUAUGCUAGAUAACAUUAAUCAAAUGAGAUAUAAAUGUUCAUUUAGCCACUUGUUUUAAAAUCAUCAUCUAUGAUUGAACUUGACCAUUGUUUUUCUUCACUUGAUUGUAAAUUAUCACCAGAUUUUUUUUUAAUUUCAUUUAUAAAUACAAAUGUUUCCUUUUUGUCUUUGUCUGCCAUUUCAGAACAAACUCAAGUGUAUUUAAUUGUUUUUGGUGUUGAGAAAAAAAAAUUCUUAUACCUCUUUGUUCAUAUUUACAAAAAAAACACACACACACACUCACAAACAUGUGGAUUCUUAUCUUUAUUUCGUUGGCCCUAUAUGUAUAAAUAUAAAGAAUAUUUGAUAUUCAAAAUUGUAUUAUAAAAAACUUGAAAAGAAUAUUCUUCGAUCAAUCUCGAUCGAUCUAUUA